GCGGCGCCGGCGGUUCGUCCCGCCGCGCCAGGUCCGCGUCGUCGCGGUACUCCGCCGAGAAGCCCAAGAGGAAGAAGGCGGGCAUGUCCAAGAGCGCCGGCACCUCGCUCGUCUCCAUCCCCACCGCCAUCAAGCUGUCCAUGCUCAACAGCGGACUGCUCUCGCUGUCCUCCGAGGAGCACGGCGUGCUGUCCACCGUGCCGUCCGACCCGGUGCCGGUGGCUCGCUUCCAGAAGCUGUGCGACCAGCGGAGGAAGUUCCCCGUCCUCUUCCGGGUCGAGUUCCAGACUGCUGCCAAAGUGGAAGUGCAUUCGUGCAGACACGCGAACAAGGCUGUGAACCGAGACAAGAACCAAACCGUCAAAUGCGUGCCAUAUGACUACAACCGGGUGGUCCUGGACCCGUCCAAGUCCUGCGCCACCGGGGACUACAUCAACGCCUCCCACAUAGACAGUAUGCUGAAGCCCAACGCAUACAUCGUGACGCAGGGGCCGACGGAGACCACGGUCACGGACUUCUGGUGCAUGGUGUGGCAGGAGCGGGCCUCCUGCAUCGUCAUGCUCACCAAGACCUUCGACUUCAUCAAGGUGAUGUGCCUGCAGUACUGGCCGCCCACGAUGGACCACCCGGAGCGCUACGGCGACAUGGAGAUCACCGUGCUCCGGGAGGAGGAGCUGGCCAACUUCCACAUCCGCACCCUCAAGGUCGUCCGCUUCAACAGGAUACUGCCCCCCGCCGGGGAGAACACCCUGGACGGACAACAUUCCGAGCUGGCAAAGGAGGAGAUCCUGGAGGAGCGCACCCUGCUCCAGUUCCACUACACUGAGUGGCCCAGCCACACGUGCCCUUUCUCCAACUCCAUCCUGGAGUUCCGCCGGCGCGUCCGCAUGGUGGUGGCCUCGCAGCGGCAGGGCGAGCAGGGGCCCUGCGUCGUCCACUGCAGCGACGGCGCCGGCCGCUCCGGCGUGUACCUGGCGAUCGACGCCAACCUGGAGCUGGCCGAGGAGGAGGACUGCUUCGACGUGUUCGGCUACCUCAAGAAGCUGCGGCAGUCCCGCAAGGGGAUGAUAGACAACGUGGACCAGUACAAGUUCGUGUACGACACCCUGGAGGAGCACGCCAUCUGCGGCCCCAGCUGGUUCCCCGUCAAGGAGCUCUCGCAGCGACUGCGCGCCAAGGGCCAGCGGGGCACCAACAAGCUCAGCGAGUACCAGCGCGAGUACCAGCUCAUCUGCAAGCAGACGCCGCGGUUCACCAUCGGGGACUGCGCCGGCGGACACCGCGGGGACAACCGGGAGAAGAACAGGGACGUCCUCGUCGUGCCGCCGGACAACUCGCGGCCAUACCUCACAUCAUUCCAGGGAAACAACUUCACCGACUACAUCAACGCCGUGUUCGUGGACGGCUACACCAAGCCCAGAGAGUACAUCGUGACGGAGUGGCCCCUCAAACACACGCAGGGCGACCUGUGGUCCAUGGUGUACGACUACGAGGCCGCCGCCGUGGUGGUGCUGUGCGUGCCGCCCAAGAACUCGCAAACCUACCCGCCGUUCUGGCCGGAGGGCAGGCACUCCAAGAAGUACGGCCCGGUGUUCACCAUCGACCACAUCUCCCACAACGAGUACUCCAACAUCCGCACGUGGGUCUUCCGCAUCAACAAGAAGAUCGUGUCCCUCACGGAGCUGAUGGCGGGCGUCAAGGCGCCGCCGCGCCGCGUGCAGCUGUUCCAACUCACGUGCUGGCCCAUGGACCACAAGGUGCCCACCUCCACCAACUCGCUGGUCGAGCUCAUGAACAUGGUGGAGCGGUGGCGGCAGCGCUGCGACUACGGGCCCGUCGUGGUCAUCAGCCAGGACGGCCACAGCCGCAACGGGGUGUACUGCGCGGCGAACGCGUGCAUCGAGCAAGUGAUCCAGCACGGCGAGGUGGACGUCCUGCAGGCCGUGAGGACGGUGCGCCGCCACCGGCCGCAGCUCCUCAGCAGCAUGACGGAGUACAAGUACUGCUACGACUUGGUGCUGCACUACGUCCUCCACUACCUCAACAAGGAGGUGGAGGCCGCGAGCAAGAAGUGAGGACUCCACCGCAAGUCCUCUGGUCCUCUUUCUUCCUCCGAGUGGAUGUCUCCCGCCCGGUCCACACAGUGUGGCACACACUGCGGCCUUGCUGGAGCCGCGGCAGCCCGAGAGGCCGGACAGCGAGGGGACAUUCCGAAUCCGGAGGCGUGGAUUCGUCGCAGGGCCCCUCUCACAUCAUCCUCAGGUGCAGCGCAAGCUGAGAGGAGAGAGGUGCAGAUGGACACUUUCCAGGAAUGGAGGGUGGGAAACCAAGGCCAUGAUCAUCCCCAACACCUGUGUCAAGUGGUGCCACACAACUGAGAACUUUUCAGACGUUGUGUAGAAAUGUGUCGAUUUAUCUCCUGUUGCGAUUGUUGAGAUAAUUUGUUCGUCCAGCAGAGGGUCACGACAAGAACCAAUUCAUUGUUUCUGCACCACUUAAGCAUUUCCUUUGCCAUUUUACUUUGUAUUUUAUCUAGAUUAAGUUAUUCCAGUUAAUUAAUCAUCAAGUAUAAGAGCCUAUUUCGUCGGUUAAGUUUUGCUCAAAUAUGUGAAGUGGAUAUACAUUGUUAUAAUGAACAGCAAAUUAAGAACAGUAAAGAUAAGAAAAACAGCAAA